AUGGCUGGUGUACUUUUUAUUGUUAACGUGCCAAAAAAAGAAUACGAAAACCAUUUAAGGGAAAACACCAAUUCAAAUUUGAUUGUCGAAAAGGAAAAGGUUGAAAAAGUGUCGAAAGUAAUCGAUGAAUUAAAAGAAAAACAGUUGGAAUGUAAAAAUAUUGAUAUGUGUAAAUCAACAAACAAUUUAUAUCAACACAGAGAUGUGAAUAGUGAAACAUGUAAAUUUAAUAGUGAAAGUAUUCCUGUGGAUGGAUUUUCUAAUAACCGUAAAGUUGUUGUUUGGGAUGAGAUCAAACAAGCGCUGAAACCGAACAAAAACAAACUCAAGAUAAGCCGGCCAGUUCGAAGCGUCGAUGUUCUUGCAGCGUUUCGUCAGGAUACUCCGCUGGAAACUAUCCUACAAGAAAUUGUAUCGCGGCUUGACAUCAAGAAUGCAGCUUGGAAUUCGACACGAGGCGAUAAAUUUUGGCAGGUCACGUUCUCGAUAGAGUCAGGCAACCUAAGUGAGGAACUUUUACAAGUUCUCAGGACAUUUGGCAUAGGGUCACGUCACCAGUCAUCAGUCUCUCUCCUACCUUGCGCCUUGUACUACAAGUCAGACGAUCGGAUACCAACCACUACAGAAAUUGAAGAUGCCGUACCAGACAGUGAAUCUAAUACGGCAUGGUCCCGAUUCUCGACAUCAGUCCGCGCUCGUACAAAUCUGGCGCAAGUACUACAUGACGUCAGGGCCAAUGGAACACUUACCUUCGACUGGGUGUUCAUGCUGCUGGUCGCCGCAUUCGUAGCAGCUAUAGGACUGAUUGAAAACUCCACCGUUAUCCUUGUAGCUAGUAUGCUCAUAUCACCACUAAUGGGUCCAAUUACAACAGGAACAUUGGGUACAGCAGUACGAGAUCGCUCUCUUCAACUGAUGGGAGUUAAGAACGAGUUUCUCGGCCUAUUUUUGGUACUCGUCGUAGGAUUUCUUGCUGGACUUAUCAUAUGUGGUCUUGAUGAGCUAUAUGGUGUUGUUGAAGAAUGGCCAACAGGCGAAAUGUUAGGAAGAUGCGCGCAUCGAUCCCUCUGGAUCGGUAUACUCGUCGCGAUUCCGAGUGGUGCUGGCUGUGCUCUAGCGGUGCUUGGUGACUACACAGCAUCCCUAGUAGGAGUAGCCAUCUCCGCCUCCUUAUUACCUCCAGCUGUAAAUGCAGGUCUUCUCUGGUCGAUGGCUUUGACACGCCUAGUGGUAAAAUCGGAAAAGCAGCACUGGUUGGUACAUCAGCCAUCGGAGUUAGCUCUUCUAGGUACAGCAUCGCUCUGCCUCACCCUUGUCAAUAUAGUUUGUAUAUUCCUUGCUGGAGUGGCUGUUUAUAAGGUAAAAGAAGUCAGUCCAUUAGAAAGAAGAGACAUUUCGUGGUGGAGAGCUAACAAAGAUAGAUUUAAUGCUACCAUAAAACAAAAUAAAGAAGAAUCACUUAACUGGGAUGCAUACACUCAGUGGUGCACUAACUCAUUAGAGAGAAAAGAAAAACAGAAUGCAACGGAAAAAGAAAAGGAUUCGAAUAGGCCGUCUCCACUGCACAGUCAGACUGUGACAUUCAGAAAAGAGACAGCCCUUAUAAGGAGAUUGAGGGCUCACAAUAUGGAAACAUACUGCCACAGAUUACAGCUUGAAGACAACUAUAUUCCACUUAACUCACAAAUGAACGCCGACCUUCAAAUGCAAAUUGAAAGCCACGCUAAAAACGGUAAACUGCAAAACACAGAUGAAGAAAAUCCGAUGAAAAGUAUUGAAGAACCAGCGGCAAAUAAUGUGUAUAGCGGCUACUACAACUUUGCAUAUCAUAACGAUCACUCGAAGACGAGCUCUGAAGCCCCUACAUUGGAACCCUCUUUAAAUGUUACUGUAGAUAAAAGUAAUUAUGUUAUAUCCAAUAAUAAAACAUUUGACGUUUAA